AUGCUUGGACGAACUUCAGGGCCUGCGGCACGGUCCGCCAGACAGCAACUCCAAUCCAAAGCUCGUUUCAUCAACUCUCGCUUCCAAUCCACCGCGUCCACUGCAGCUUCUACUGGUAGUAAUCCCGCUUUGAUCGGUGGUGUUGCCGGUGGAGCCGUCGCCUUCGUUACGGGAUACACCUGGUACCACUUCUCCGGAGCCAAGACGCUCGUGAAAACCAGCAAGCAGACUCAAGCAUACCUCGACCAGGCCAAGCAAACUAUUUCUCAAAACACACCCGAGCCCAAUGAGGCAUUCCGCUGGUUGCGGGACACGGCCAAAAGCUACGCAGUCUUGAUCCCUGGCGCGCGCGGCUAUGUCGACACCGUAUUCGACGACCUCGAGAAGAUCAAAAACGAUCACGGAAAGGAAUUUGACGAAAUUGUCAGAAAUGCAUAUACGGAGCUGAGUGAUCUCGCAAAGAAGGAGGGAAGUUUGAACAUGGCCUCGGCGUCGCGGGCUUUGGGUGUGAUACAGAAACAUGCAAAGCAGUUAUUCGAUCUUGCUGGCGACGCCGCGGAGAAUGUCCUCGACAACCACCCUCAGCUUAAGGAGAAGGUUGGUGGUAGUUUUGAUCAGCUCAAGGAGAUGGGUGACGCUUAUGGGCCCCAAGCGAAGGAGGAGGUGAACAAGACCUGGCAACAAAUCUCCGGCAUUCUUCAGCGCGGCGCGAGUGUCGAUUCGGCUGAAGAUAUCAAGAAAUUGAUCCAAGAGAAGAAGACCAAGCUCGAAAAGCUAGGGGAUGAGGCAUGGCAGAAGGGUUUCGAGGAGACUCGGCAAUACCUUGAUAAGAGCCCCAAGCUCAAGCAAUUGGUUGAAGACAAUGCCGAUACUUUAAAGAAGGGCAAUUUACAAGAUUUGUGGGGCCUUGUCAAGGAGAGCGCUUCUUCGGGGAAGACGGAGGAUGUGGAGAAGUACAUCAAGGACAAGGUUGGUCAAGCGAAGAAAAGCAGCUUGGGCGACCUGGACUGGCAAAAGAUGGUACCUGGUGGAUCUAGCGUCAUCCCUCAGUUACAGUCACUACAGUCCAUUGCGCAAAAGAGAGGUGGCGAGGCAGAAGAGGUCCUCAAACAGACUGUUGAUGAAAUUCAGGAUGUGUUGAAGAAGCGAAAGGAACAGCUAGAGAAGAUUGCCGAGGAAGGAAAAGAAGAUAGCAAAUGA